GCGCGAUGGCGGCGCCGGUGCAGGGGCACCGAGCGCGGUACAAGAGCCCGGGCGGGCCGCCCUGGAGGGAGACGUACCGCAGGCGCUGCAUGGAGCGGCUGAGAAGCAGCCGGGCCAAGCUGCUGGACCGCUACCGCCAGGCCGGGGACGGGGCGUGCGGGGCGGCCCCGGGCGCGCUGCUGGUGCAGGAGGUGAUGGAGCAGGAGUGGCAGGAGCUGCGGGACAGGCUUCCCGGCCUCGGCGGAGAGCAGCCCAUGGAGCAGGUGCUGGAGGACCCUGAUGAGCUGGCAGUGCUGGAAGAGAUCCAACGAGAACUGAUCUUGCAAGAGCAGUUGGUCAUCGAGGAGUACGAGCGGAGCCUGCGCUUCGAUGAGGAAUGUCUCAAUGCCAUGCUGGACGGCCUGGAUGCCUCUGACAGGGUCAUCUGCCCUGUAUGUAGGAAGAAUAACCUGACUGUGAAGGCUCACUUGGUUUGUUGCCAGUGUGGAUUGCACAUCAGCACACAGGAUAUGACAGAAGGGAAGCUUCGGUCCCUGCUGGAAAGCACCUUGACAGAGCACAGUCAGAGGUGCCUGCACAGCCCCGAGUUCACAGUCACCAGUGGCAUGGAGGAGGAAGCCAGUCUGCUGAUGAGCUGCCCUGUCUGUGACUCCUGGAUCAUUCUCCUCUAAGGUGAUUCAGCUGCUGCUUUACUUCUGGAAAACUUCAAUACUAAACUUCACCCAGAGCUGCUAGGACUCUUUUGUACUAUUUCUAACUGCUGUGUCAAAAAGACACUGCAAAAGGCACAGGAUUGCCUUGACCUGCACUUUUAACCACACAGGACAUGUUUUGAAAUAAAUAUAUAUUUAGUUUA